AACUCGGAUUUGAAAAUUUCGAUGUUUAUUUUGUGGCAGUAAUGUUGUAGUGUUAAACGAGUUUGUUUAUAUGCAGAUUUGUGGAUGGCGAUCGUUUUACUUUCUUAGUUUCAAGAAUUUAGUGACACGAUAAGAAAUUCUCAAUGUUGAACGACUGGAGAACUUGGUGUCGCUUGUGUGCUAAUGAGUGCGCUACCUUCAAGAUGGAAUCGUUGGAUGAGCUGAAUGAAAUAUUGACGAGACAUUUUAAACUAUCGAUACAAGAUCAUGACGAGGUAUGCAGCCGUAUCUGUGAAGGAUGUUACAAUUUUAUCAACAAGCUGGAUUAUUUCGAAGAGCGGUGUCUUCAAACGAGCAAGAUGUUAGUUCAAAUGUAUGAGGCUAGCAUCAAUUCUGAUGAGCUGAUAGAAAGUUAUAUCCAGGAUCUACGGCUUCGGUUUCUAAGUGACCCUUUAGUGCCUUUUGUCGAUUCGGACACAGAUCGAGGUACUCAAGAAGAUAUUAAAACAACCAUCGAAGUUCAGGAAAGUCAGGUCAUGCAGGAAGAACGGGGGUACAAUUCGAGUAAGCUUGAUAGAACUUCGACAUCUUAUCAAAAAAAACGGUCGUCCAGGAAAAUGGCAACAAAAAAUAAAAAUAGGAACAAAAAUACAUUAAAUGACAUUUCUGAAAGCGAUAGUGAUUUUGAUGUUGAUCAGGAUGAGGAUUACAAUGCACUUAACGAAUGUGAUUCUAAUAGUGAAAAAGAAGCAGAAGCAGCCCACAGCCGAAAUAUGAACGACACGCGAAUAAAACCGUCGUACAACAAGAAGAUAAAACCAAAAUGCGAAAUAUGUGAUAUAACGUUUGGAGCUCGUUCACUAUACGUAUCACAUUUGCGGAAAAAGCAUCCUGAUUCCAAGGAACUGUCAUUUGUGUGUUCUUCAUGUAACGAGCGCUUUCUGUCGCAACGAGAACUCACAUUUCAUGAACUUUCUCAUAUUCCGAGUGAUCAGACGUUGGAUCUACUUUGCGAAUAUUGUGACAAAAAGUUUAGCGAUCCACGGGUUGUAGAUGCACAUGUGCUAGAGGUCCAUUGCGGAGCACGGAAAUACAUUUGUGCGGAAUGUAAACAAGCUUUUGCUACAAAAGAUGAGUUGAAGGGACAUGAGUGCAAAAGUAAGGAGAAGAGAUUUCUUUGCGCUCAUUGCCCGAAAAAAUUUAAAAAUUUGUGCCGGCUUAAGAUACAUGAAGACACCCAUAAAGAUACAUCAUACGUUUGUCCCGAUUGUGGACUCGCGCUGAACACGCGACGAACGCUGCAAAUGCAUAUGAUUGUACAUUCGGACCAGAAAAAAUACAAGUGUGACUUUUGUGGCAACGAGUACAAACGGUCAAAAACACUGAAGAAUCAUCUUGUUAUACACACCGGAGAAAAACCUUACAUGUGUCCGUUUUGCGGGAAAACAUUUGCUUUCGGAUCUGCAUGUAGAAUCCAUAAGAAAAAGGUGCAUCCCAAGGAAGUGGCAUUACUGGACGCAUCGAAAAAGUGAAUGGCAAGUGGACACCUGGUUUUAUUCAGACUGUGGAUUUAUUUAUACACCGAGAUUCACUUCUAAUCAUCUACAUAAGGGCUUAGGCAGGUUCAGUUUCAGAGGGUUGACAAACGUUGUAGUUGAGUUUAAGAAUGUUUGAUUAAAAGAAACCGUCAGACAGUAAUAAAAUGAUUCGUGUCAAACUCGAAAUAAUAAUAA